AGCAUCCAACGCCGCCGGAGCCUCGCCUUCCUUUCUCUCUCUGCAGACAUCGAGACACAAAAAGAAGCGACCCCGCGACGAGCGCGAGGAGCCCACCCGCACCAUGACCGAGACCACCAAGACCCACGUUAUCUUGCUGGCCUGCGGCAGCUUUAAUCCCAUCACCAAAGGGCACAUUCAGAUGUUCGAAAGAGCCAGAGAUUAUCUGCACAAAACCGGGAGGUUUAUUGUGAUUGGCGGGAUUGUCUCUCCUGUCCACGACUCCUACGGAAAACAGGGCCUUGUAUCGAGCCGGCAUCGUCUCAUCAUGUGUCAGCUGGCCGUCCAGAACUCCGACUGGAUCAGGGUGGACCCCUGGGAGUGCUAUCAGGACACCUGGCAGACGACCUGCAGCGUGUUGGAACACCAUCGCGACCUCAUGAAGCGGGUGACCGGCUGCAUCCUCUCCAAUGUCAACACCCCCUCCAUGACCCCCGUGAUCGGACAGCCCCAGAACGAGAACACCCAGCCAAUGUACCAGAACAGCAAUGUGUCCACCAAGCCCACUGCAGCCAAGAUCUUGGGGAAGGUGGGAGAAAGCCUAAGCCGGAUCUGCUGCGUCCGCCCGCCCGUGGAGCGCUUCACUUUUGUGGAUGAGAAUGCCAACCUGGGCACGGUGAUGCGGUACGAGGAGAUUGAGCUGCGGAUCUUGCUGCUGUGUGGCAGUGACCUGCUCGAAUCCUUCUGCAUCCCAGGGCUCUGGAACGAGGCAGAUAUGGAGGUGAUUGUUGGGGACUUUGGGAUUGUGGUGGUACCCCGAGACGCAGCGGACACAGACCGAAUCAUGAAUCACUCCUCACUACUCCGCAAAUACAAAAACAACAUCAUGGUGGUGAAGGAUGACAUCAACCAUCCCAUGUCUGUUGUCAGCUCAACCAAGAGCAGGCUGGCCCUGCAGCAUGGGGACGGCCAUGUCGUGGAUUACCUGUCCCAGCCCGUCAUCGACUACAUUCUCAAGAGCCAGCUGUACAUCAACGCCUCGGGCUAGCGGCCACACAGCCCUCCACUGCGCUCUCCCCAUGUCCUCUGCCAACACACUGGCCCCUCCAGUCUCUGUCGUCCCGUUUCUCUCCGGCCUCUGUUUCUCCAUCUCCUCAUCUUGACUGUUCUCCCCGUUCGCCGGCUCAAGCCCCCACAGUGUGGGGACCUUCAGAGACCCUCGGCAUCCCUUACUCCGCAGUCAUCUUUGGACAAACUUUCCUCUGGU